AUGCUAAAGUUGCCACCGCUGGUGGAGGAAUCUAUUUGGGACUGUCCGCUCACACCAAACGCACUUGAAUGGACAAAAUCCAACGAACUUGUGGAUUUGGGGUCCAAAUGGCCUCCAUCCGCAGUGGAUCCCGGAUUUUGCCACAGCAACUACUGGACCAUAUGGGCGUCCGAGGCUAUAACACCUACAUCAAACAAUCGAAAGUGGCUAACGAGUGUCGCAUCACCGACCCUCUCUACAGGUCCAUCAGCGAUUGCUGCAGUGUUGACCACAGGUGAAUGCUUUAUUUACGCUCUCAAGCCUGGCUCGGCUAUAACGCAGAACUACACUCAGGUUUUUACCUAUCCUGAUAAUUAG